GUUGUAGGCCUUAUUAUUACUAUACUUGACCUUUACCAUUUUUUGUAAACAAAUCCUUUUAAUGGCGUUGAAGGAGCCAGAAAAAGAGUCUCAAAAUACAAAAAAUGCAAAUAAAUUGCAAGUCUCCAGCUGCAUGUCAGAUUUGUCGGAAAAAUCUCAGCAUUUGUUUGGCUCUUUGCUAAAGCCUCAAGUACCUGUCAUUCAAUACAAUCUAAAUCAAUUAGAGGAGCGAGCAAAAAAAUUAGAAUUAAAGGUUGUCUCCACACGUGAUGGCGAUACCAAAGCACAUUAUUUACUCGCAGAGAGUGGUAUGAAUGUAGAACAGACCCGCCAAAAGAUUUACUCUGUUCACAUACAUUCUCAAUGGGAUUCCCUUGAGAUAGAAAAGCGUACGUUGUACGAACGCCCUCACGCCAAAAUAUAUAAAGAGCAGAAUGUAAUUGCUAGUAUUGAAGGGGGCCUGCAAGCAAGCGCCAACGAUUUCCAAAUAAAAUUAAUGAAAGAUAGCGGUGUUGCUUGGGAAAACCGAAAAAUGAGUUUUUUGCAAGAUACAGGAAAGAUGUUGCGCUCCAAGGAUAAUACUGUUUUGGGUGCAUCCGUUACCAUGUCUCUGCAAUCUAGCUUUGCCAAGCCUACUCUUAAGGGGUCGUUACUUGCUCAAUCACAUCCAGCGCAUUCUUUGAGAACACCAGCCUCAAGCGUACUGCAUGUCGCUGACCAAACUUCCUCAAUGUUAGGGAAUGAAGCAGCCCGUAGUCAACUUUCAAGCCUGUCUGGAAUUCCAGAAAAGGUUGGGUUCUUUGCUGCUGCUAUUCACAAAUUAAACGAUGCUCGCAUUCAUGGUAGCAUUGUCCGGGUAUGGUCGUUAUUUGCUUCUGCUAGCAGAAAAAUCGAUCGAGAAUAUCCUCAGCUUUUAGAUGCAUGGUCUUUAUUAGCCUAUAUGGUGGAUGAGAAAUCAAAUAAUGUACAUGCUUUCGAAUUAAAGACGGCAAAUAGCAGUGACAAGACUAAUGUGAAUCCUUCAUUUCAGUAUAAUAUCAUCCAUGGAUCCUUGCGCUUUUUAGAAGUUCAGUUUUUAGCGUUUGUUGAUGCGCAAUUAUCUGAUAACGGCCAUGUUUCUUCGACAAAACCAUUGGAUAAAAUGAUUGCUUUCAGUCGGUUACGGUUCUUCAAGAAUAAUUCUUGGGUUAAGCCAACUAUCUCAAUUGCUGAUGACAUUCCUGUGUGGGCAGUCUUAUUUUACCUUAUGCGUGCUGGUCUGCUGGAUCUCGCAUCAGAGUUUGUUAGCACUAAUGCACAUGUAUUUGAAAGUUUUGGUCGUUCUUUUCCUUCAUAUUUCAAUGCUUAUGCUAGAAAUCCUCAUCAACCUCUUCCCAAGCAACUUCGUGAUCGUUUGCAAGCUGAGUAUGCCCAACUCAUGAAAUAUGCUCCGGAAGAUCCAUUUAAGCAUGCUAUUUACAAACUCCUUGGUCAAUGCGAACCUCAUCGUAUUUCACUUCCUGAAGUAUGCAUUACUUCCGAAGACUAUAUGUGGAUGCAAUUAAUGUUUUGUCGAGCUAAUGCUAACAAUUCUCUCACCUCUGAUUUGAAUCAGCGCUCGGUAAAUAACUUUGAUCUGCAACAACUUCAGAAGAAGAUUGUAGCUUUCGGACCGAGAUAUUUCAAUCCUAAGAAUAGCACUCCUGUAAAUUAUUUCCUUGCCCUUUUAAUCUGUGGUGAGUUUGAACGUGCUGUAAAUUAUCUGUAUACCUUUUACCCCGUUGAAGCUACCCAUUAUGCUAUCGCCAUGUCCUACUAUGGCCUUCUUCAUACCUGCAAUUAUGAAAAAAACGAAAAUAUUCUUAUUCAUGAAGCAGAUAGCGUGCGCAUUAAUUACCCGCAACUUAUCGUAGCCUAUAUUGGUUACCUUGGCUCCGUAGAUACAUUGGUUUAUGUUGACUAUAUCGCCUGUAUAUCUCUUGUCUCAUCAUAUAAAACGUGUUGCAUGAACUUGGUUAAAAUAUUGCUUCUUCAAUCGCAUGACUUUUCAAAAUUUUUGGGAGAUAUUCGGGAGGAUACCGAGCGAACAACUGGUUUACUUGAUUUGUAUCUGCCGUUAGUACCAUUUGAUCAAGACUCAUUACAAGCGUUGUAUGCAGAAGGCGCUAGAAACGCAGAUGAUGAUGGGCGUUACGGAGAUUCCAUUCUCUUAUAUCACCUCCUAGGAGAUUAUGAUACCGUGAUCGGCGUUGCUGUGAAAAACCUAAGUCAGAGUAUACUCUCGCGCGGUCUGUGGAUGGCAGAUUCUCAAGACCAGAGUCAACAGAAGUCCUCACCCAACGUUGUAGCUAAUGGAGCACCAGACGUUCUGGCAAGGAGUCUUUUGGAAAUCUAUGAAGCUAAUCUCGAGAAAUCAGCGAAAGUAAGUAAGACCAAUAGAGACAUGUGCAAGUUACUGCUUCGGGUUAUGGAUGCAAGGACCCUGUAUGAUAAGGGAGAAUGGAAGGGAGUUUUGAGUGAAAUUGCGAAAAUGGAUAUUUUACCUCUUGAUGGAAAUAUGGAACAUGUACCUGAAUCUUUAAAUUCUCUUUUUUUGCGUCAAAAAGCAAUUAAUCUCUUGACAUUACCGCCGGAAAUCACUAAUGUCGUUUCUUUCUUACUGUUUAUGGCCAUGUCUAGUAUCAAAGAGUUGUUUAAUACUUUGCAUAAAAAUCCUGAAGAAGCUGAGAAAGGUUUAAUAUCAAACUUACAAUUUAUAGCUUCGAACUUGAUUAUGUAUAGUACUAUGAUUGAGCAUCGGUUGCCUCCACAAGUCCUUGAAUACUUGCAGUCGGUGCAAAUUAAUUAAACGUUUAAGCAAUAUUGCUUUAAUACAAAUGAUAAAUAGAUAUCGGAAUGUUUGCUGAUGAUAAAGACAACUUUGUGGGUUGGAUAAUAAAAUCAAUAACUUUUUCUUUUUGGGCUCAAUCUUUGCAAUGACUUUUUAUUAAUCUAUGAACCUUACUAGAAUCAGAAAUAUGGAAUUCUACUUUGACCUUACCUUUCUUCUCAUUUCUACCAAACCAGCGUUCAAUUUCAGUGUGUAUUCCUUUAUUAACGUUACAUAAUUAAUUCCGCAUCAAAAAGCAGUAUUAUCCUAUAACGAAACAUUGACCUUCGUUAUUCAUAUUAUGGACA